CUGUGAGGUGGCAUGAUGAUGUUGAUCUAGGGGAAGGCAUUUGCAUCAUGAACACAGGGAACUGCAGUGUUAUACAGCAUAUAUUGACUGAUGUGAAGGCAGGAAGCAGAGAAUAUCCCCAGAUUUUAUUCAUCACAGCCAGAUUCAAAGUUAGUGAGAGGAUACUAAGGAGCUUAAUGGAGUCUCCAGUGGUGUUCAUCCUGUUCUUGGCCACACUGACUUUUACAGAUCUGGCACACAGCCAGACUAUAUAUGCGUCUAAGAACCCCGUCGCAGUGGGAAGCAGUGUUACACUCAGCAGCAAUGUCACAUCAGGCGGAUGGCUAUUCAACGGCCGCCUGAUUGUCAUAACACUAAACAAAACAUAUGACAUAUCCAGCACCUGGAAAGACAGAGUAACAUUUAACACAAAUACUUCAUCACUGACAAUAAACCCAGUAACAUUGAAAGACUCUGGAAGCUACGUACUGGAGAACCUAGUGGAUGGAUCUUUUUCUCAAUUAACACUUUUAGUUGAAGAGCCCAUACAGUCAGUGAUGAUCAAAAACAAGACAAUUCCAAUCAACACUAAAAACUUUACUCUCACCUGUGAGGUUGUUGGGUCCUAUGACACGAUCUACUGGAUGAAAGACAACAUGAAGCUCAACACGAACACCUCCUCUAAUGGCCCAUCCAUGUCCUACCAGAUUGAAAACAACACACUGCUCUUCACCCCAGUGACACUGAACAGUGAAGGGGCAUAUCAGUGUGUUGCUACCAAUAAGGCUGGUUAUCGCGUGAGCCUCCAGUACAAUCUGUUGGUGAACUAUGGGCCACUAAAUGUGACUAUUUCCUCUGCAAGUGUGUCCAUGGCAAUGACCCUGAUAUGCACAGCUGAUUCUCGGCCAGUAUGUGACUUCUACUGGUUCUUCAACAAUCUGUCAACACCUCUACAGAAGGGACCUAUGAUUGUAUUCCCUAAAACCACACCAAAUAUGGGGACGUACAUAUGCCAGGCACAGAACCCCUUGACUAAUGAAACAAUGUACAAAAAUUUUACUGUCACAGCUCACGCCCCUGCCAUCCACUUCCCAUACCAAGGCAGCCUGAUGAUGAUGGUUCUGUUUGCCUUUUCUGCACCUGUGUUGUUCAACUGAGUUCUCCACACUGUUAAGUCUUCUGAGAAUGAAAGUCUUCUUUUUCUCUUACAUAGCGUAGUCCAUAAGCCUAAUGUUAGACAUACACAUUAUUUAAUUAGUGCAAUGCCUGCUUUUUAUGUUCAAUAUUAUAUCUGUAAACAGUAAAAAGUAAUUUUGCUAGUUUUAAUGCUGUCAUUGUAAUCACUGCUCUGGAGCUUGUUCAGAGAAUACACUUGGAGAGUUUCAUAAAGGGAAAGCAUGUGAAUGUGCUCUUUCUCGCAAAUUUAAGAUCACUCUGCCCAUAAAACCAUAUUAAUAAUAUAUUUAAUAUUAUAUAAUAUGUACUUCGAUUAUUUUAUUAAACUUUGAUUCACCUUAUUUAUUAUAAAUGAAUUAAAAAAAGACAACAUAAUGUAUUUUGUUGAAAUUUUAUUAAGUGGAAUAUUUGAAAAUAAUGAUGAUCCCAUUCAGAAAGCUAUAGUGAAAUCAGAUUUAAUCAGAUAUAACAUGUAUGCAUAUAAUUGGCAAUGAGUCUUACAAAAGCAUGAGCAUGGUUCAGAAUUAAAGCUGAAUGUUUAAAUUUUUCUACACAUUUCAGUUGUUUGAUUUAAAAUUGACUGUGGCGAUGCAGAGAAGCAAAACUACAAAAACUGUGUCUUGGAUGCAAAAGUCAGACAUUUAUUUAUUUAUUUAUUGUUUUGCAUAUAUCUGUUUUGAUAUGUUUUUAAUGAUACACCCCAUGGAGCCUAACCUUUUCAGUCGUUAUUCAGUAAACUUUUAUAGUACAACCUGAAUUCUUUUUAAAAAAGGUUAUACUUUGUGUAAAACGAGAAUAUUUCUGUAUGUGUUGUUAACUAUGAGUUUUACACUAUUCAUCUUACACUACCUGUUUACAUGGGCGUAGCACAUUUUAGCACGACCACACUAACCAAAAAAUGUUCCCAUUAAAAUCCAGAUACCUUAAAUAUCAAGAACAGCUUAAAAUUGAUCAGCUGUGCGGAGUCCACACCGUCUGCCAGAAAUACCUGGUUAAUUACAGGGGCAGAAAUACUCAGUGAUGAAAAAGCUGAUUAAACUUUACAUACUGUUCAUUCCUUAACUGUAUGGUCAAGUUAAUUUUUGAUCUAUGCCCACAAUACCCUCAUAAGUGUCUAUACAGAAUUAGGAACUACAGAUCUAUGCAGAAUACAUACAUUUAUUUUUUGUUUAUUUUCAGAUUAUAUACUUAUAUUGUCAGUGCCUGUGCUGAAAGCUGAGUCACCCUCUGACCUCUGUAUGACCUCUGUAGGAUCCUGGGCACACAUGGGUUUACAGUUUGACAGUUUCAAGACUCCCUGAAACCACAACUUUCUUUGACUUGACUCACACUGGUGAAUCUCGUAGCCAUCUGAACAGAUAACGGUCCAAUUUGACUCUAAUGGUUUAAAAUUUAGAAUCAGCUGUACAACAGUAUAACAUAUAGAGUCACCAAAUUACAGGCUAAAAAAUGUCAUUUAGGGUAUUCUUACUUUACCUUUAAAACGCAUCUAAUAUGACGCGAACAGUAUGUAAAGGUUAAAGGGGUUGAUUUAUCUGACUGUGGUAACUAGACCUGUCAGGCAUGAUUAGGAAAAUGCCACUAUCAGUGGUGCAUGGAUGAGGUACCUACAUAUGUUUGUGGGUUUUACUGUUAUAUCACUCAUAUGUUUUCCAUAGCGAUGAUACUAACAAAACAAUGAAGGUUUAUUUUAAGCUCACAAGACAUGUGCUUUUAAGUACAUAACUUUGCUUAAAGAUAUAAAUAUGUUUGCCAAAGACACAUAGUACCUCCACAGUUUUACUAAAACACUUAUAUGUGCUGGGGCAAAAUUAUGUCUCUCUGAAAGCCACUGAAGUCUGACAAAUUACAAAAUCAAACAAAUGAGAUAAUUAUUACAUUAUUAUGAAAUGAUGGGGCAAUUUCUUUUUCAAAAAUAUGAUGAUGAAAAUAUAUAUUUUUUUUUCAUUUGUAUCUUCCUGGAAUCAUCAGGAUGUUUCAUCAGUGAAAUAGUAAUCGCAUGUUGUGUCAUCGUUGCUGCAGCUGUUGGUGUAGUUCUAGUCAUGACUCCAGCUUGUGAUUUGUUGUUAUUUCUCAGGGUAGCUAAAUCUUUUGUUGCAUUUUGUUGUUUUUAUGUGACUGUAAUAAAAUAAUUAUGUCUAUAACAGUAAUUGACAUAAGAAUGUGAGUAAAGCUGUGUUAAAAUACA